AUGUCGAAAAUGGGAUGUCCACAGUCUGAUACAGAUCCGAACACUGUGACUGUUUUGCGCAAGAAUGGGCCCGUUAACAAAACUCUCAAAUCGAACGCGGCUUUGAAUCAAGCUCUUCGCACAGGCGUGGCCGUCGAAUCUCAAAGGAAGGUAAUGGCUGGCGUGAACCGCCAACAUACCAGUAACAAAAAUACUCUGAGACUCGAUGAGGAGACAGAUGAGUUGCAUCACGAACGUGUGAGCUUGUCACUCGGGAAAGCGAUGCAGCAAGCUCGUCAAGCUAAGGAAUGGACACAAAAAGAUCUUUCUAUUGCUAUAAAUGAGAAACCUCAAGUUGUUGCCGAAUACGAGAAUGGAAAGGCCGUCCCGAAUCAACAAAUCCUCCAGAAAAUGGAACGCGCUCUAGGGGUUAAGCUGCGCGGCAAGGAUAUUGGCAAACCGUUGGGAAGUGGGAAACCGAAGAAGUAG